UCGGCAUCCUCACUUAACCUCAGCGGCAGCGCUCAGAGUGCACAGAGCAUCAGCUAACAGGAGUGGAUGCAGAUUUACACUUAGGCUAACUGCCAAUAUCACACAUUUUAUUUCAUAGACAUCGUACACAAAAGUAAACUACAACGCUGGUGAACUUUUUAAUUAACUUGAAUCAAAUAGGUGGUAAAAUUAUUUGUUUCUUGUCUAACUGCAAAAACUUCAAACGGAGAUGCGGUUAAUAAUUAAUUUUCAAGUCCUGAAACGAACUUUUGUUGCGUUUUUUGUGAUCACCACCAUCAUCAACGCCGUGAAAGGACAGACAGUCACAUGUGACACCAAGCACUUUCAGUGUGGUAAUGGCAAGUGCAUCCCCCUGAGGUGGGCGUGUGACGGCACGGACGACUGUGGUGAUGGCACUGACGAGCUGCCAGCUGUCUGCAUGGCCAAGACGUGCAGGUCAACAGAGUUUAGCUGCGGUGGGCGGCUCAACCAGUGUGUGCCCACUCUGUGGCUCUGUGACGGCAAAGCUGACUGUGAUAACGCUGCUGACGAGGAAGGAUGUGCUCCAAAGCAGUGCACCAACAACGAGUUCCGAUGCCCCAGUGGCCAGUGCGUCUCGGCGUCCUUUGUAUGCGACGAGGAAGCCGACUGCGACGACGGCGGCGACGAGGCGUCCUGCCCGGCCGCCACCUGCAGCUCGAUCUCCUUCCGCUGCAAGAACUCGCAGUGCGUGCCCCGCCUGUGGGUCUGCGACGGCGACGCCGACUGCACCGAUGGCUCGGACGAGGCCCCCGAGACGUGCGGCACGCAGCCCAAGCCGCCGCCCACCCGGCCCUGCACCGCCCAGGAGUUCCACUGCGGCAGCGGCGAGUGCGUCCACAAGAGCUGGAGGUGCGACGGCGGAGACGACUGCCUGGAUCGCUCGGACGAGAGCAACUGCACACACACCACCUGCCGCCCAGACGAGUUCCAGUGUGGAGAUGGAACCUGCAUCCAUGGCAGCCGUCAGUGUAACCACGUCUAUGACUGCAAAGACAUGAGUGAUGAGAUGGGCUGUGUCAAUGUCUCCCACUGCGUGGCCCCGUCCAGGUUCAAGUGCCGCAGUGGGGAGUGCAUCAGCAUGGAGAAGGUGUGCAACAAGCAGCGCGACUGCAGGGACUGGUCCGACGAGCCGCUCCGAGAGUGCGAUACCAACGAGUGCCUGUACAACAAUGGAGGGUGCUCACAUAUUUGCAACGACCUGAAGAUUGGAUAUGAGUGUAUGUGUCCCUCUGGUUUCCGUCUAGUGGACAAGAAACGCUGUGAAGAUAUCGAUGAAUGUGCCAACCCAGACGUGUGCAGCCAGAUUUGCAUCAACCUGGUCGGUAGCUACAAGUGUGAAUGUAAAGAGGGCUAUCAGAUUGACCCCUCCACCAAAGCCUGCAAAGCCACUGGUACGGUGGCCUACCUGUUCUUUACCAAUCGCCAUGAGGUGAGGAAGAUGACGCUGGACCGCAGCGAGUAUGUCCGUGUCAUCCCUCGGCUGAAGAACGUGGUGGCUCUGGAUAUGAAUGUGGCCUCCAAGGAGAUCUUCUGGUCUGACAUUUCCCAUAAGAAGAUCUACAAAACCUCCAUGGACACAGCCUUAGAUUCCUCCAAACACAGCGUGGUCAUUGGCGAAAGUAUCGAUGCGCCUGAAGGCCUUGCUGUGGACUGGGUCCAUGGGACCAUCUACUGGACCGAUAGCCUCCGUGGCUCCAUCUCCGUGGCGACAGUCGAUGGAAGUCGUCGAAAAACCCUCUUCAAGGAGGGCCUGGCCAAGCCUCGUGCCAUUGUGGUGGAUCCAAUUCGCAACUUCAUGUACUGGACUGACUGGGGAAAUCCUGCACGGAUUGAGAAGGCAGGCUUGAAUGGAGGGGACCGCAGUGACCUGGUGGUGGAUGACAUAGUGUGGCCCAAUGGCAUCACCCUUGACUUGCUGAACCAGCGUCUGUACUGGGUGGACUCAAAGCUGCACACCCUUUCCAGUAUUGAUAUCCAGGGAGGUGGCCGUCGCACCCUCAUCGUAGACAAGCAGAGGCUGGCCCAUCCCCUCAGCGUCGCUGUGUUUGAGGAGAAAGUCUUCUGGACAGACGUCAACCAGAACGCCAUCCUGAGUGCCAACCGUGUCACAGGCAGGGACAUCACCCCAGUGGCAGAACACCUGACAUCACCUGAGGAUGUUGUGCUGUACCAUAACCUCAAGCAACCCACAGGUAUUAAUUGGUGCCGAGGGAGCAAUGGAGGGUGUGAGUUCCUGUGUCUAGCUGCUCCACAGGUGUCCAGAUACUCUCCAAAGUAUACCUGUGCCUGUCCUGACCACAUGGUUCUGGCUAAAGACAUGAGAAAGUGUGUUCCAGCUCCAGUGACUGUGCCACCUCCCGUUGAGCCCAAUGUUACUGAACCACCUCCCGUUGAGCCCAAAGUGUCUGUGUCACCUCCUGUGCAGCCCAAAGUUCCAGUCACCAGUCGCGCACCACCCCUUAAAGUCAGAACCACUGGCCAGCCUGCACCUCCAGCCAGACCCACCCAGCCAGAGAGACCAAAAGUCCCUGAGACCGCUACAGAGGUCCCUGCCACCACUCAACCAGACAAACCAAAUGGAGUAGCAGUAGUCGUUCCUGAGAAAGCUCCCUCAAAUUCCAUGACCCUCUACAUCGCAAUGCCAAUAGCGCUCGUAUGUCUAGUGGCUUUCGGCUUCGGGGCCAUGUACCUGUGGAGACACUGGAAGCUGAAGAACACCAAUACUAUUCACUUUGACAACCCUGUGUACCAGAAGACCACGGAAGACCAAGUCCACAUAUGCCGAAACAAUUCAGACGGCUACAUUUAUCCUGUUCGGCAGGUAGUCAGCCUGGACGAUGAGAUGCCUUGAUGUCUGCAUUGGUGACCAUGUCUGUCAGUGGAAAUGAGGCGGGAUGAAGAUCAAAGCCAUGAUUUAUAUGGAGGUUCUUGGAGGUCCUUUUCUUUCUAAGCUUCUUGGAAAGAGGGAACAACAUAUCCAGUUUUAUUGCAGACCCACCAUGACCAAAAUACUGUGAACAUUACUUUAGGAUGACAGCCAUAAAUUACCCCUACAGGGUACUUGGGGCAGGGCCUUCGGUCAAUGUAGCAGUCCCUGAUUGAUAGGACAGGGCCUAUUGUGUCCCCAUGGGGACAUUAAAGCAAAUUGUGUCGUUCCAUGUUUCAACGUUUCGUCCCCCUCAGCUUGAAGAAGACCUCAAAUGUUCUAGGUUCUAGAUGUUUUUGUUUAAUGCACAAAUCAGUGGGAAGCAAUACCAGUCUGGUAUCUAGAUGUGAAUACAUUUAGGAUUUUGUGAAGUGUUUGUGUGUGUGUGUGUGUGUGUGUGUGUGUGUAUGUGUGUGUUUGUGUGUAUGUCUGUCUGGGUGUGUGUGUGUGUGUGUGUGUGUGUGUGUGUGUGUGUGUGUGUGUGUGUGUGUGUGUGUGUGUGUGUGUGUUACUAUGGAACCACUUUUACAAGGAGCCCGUUGAAAGCCCUGUAGUUCCCUGAGAAGUGAGGAGAAGAGAAUGUAGACCAUGCAUUUGCGUCCAGUACACCUGGAAUGCUUUAAUAUGCUUCUUAGAGUGUAUUGUGCACUACCUCUACCUUACGAAAGCAAGGUCUUGAACUGCCUCAAGGCAGAUAUAGUUGUAUAUGUAAAAUACAAACCACAUGAAACCCGUAAGAGCGAACACUAGUUUGAAUGUUUUUCAAUGGCUAGCUAAGUCCAACCCACAGGCUAAACUGACAAAUAGGCUUCACUGGAUUUUUACUUGCCUCAACAAAACAAAGUGCCAAUAAGCUAUUCUGUCUGUGCCUUGAUUUAAAUGCAGUUUACUUUGGCUAGGGAGCAUUCCACCUUUUGUGUUGUAUUUAUACGUAAUAUAUCACAUUGUCUGUGGAGUGCUGGUAGGGAUAGUUCAAAUGCAGGUCAAUGCAGUGAUUUAAAUGGUGCUAAUCUGCGUUUCGUGUUUGUGCAAUCUAAUUGUUUAGAUGGUACAGUGUCUCAGGUGGUCCAUCCACACCGUCCUUAAAUCUAAAGUUGAGUCCAUAGGGAAUUCCCUAGUUCCUAUUUGUUCUGAUCUUUUUACAGUUUGGUUAAUAUGGAGAUUUAUCAAUAUGUUCAUUUUUGGUUGAGUGUGCUUUUAGACAAAGCAAUAACAUUCCUUAAAUUUGAAAAUUAUAGCAUAGUUGUACUUGUUUUUUUGUAAUGCAAGGAAACUGAGCACUUAAUUCUGCACGACAUAUGUAUCUGAUUUGCCAAAUGCAGAAAAAUCACAGUGUUGUGAAGUGGAACCUCCAUAAAUCUCCAAUUAAACUACAUUAGAAGAUGCCCAUAGGGCUGUCUGUUCAUCACAGUAGCCAGAGUGUGUGAAAGCGUUACACACAUUGCUUUGUGAGAUUGUGAGAAAGAGGGCAGGAUGUCCAUAGUCUGUAAAUGCUUUACCCUCACCAUUUUAGUGGUGUUUUGGUGAGACGUUUUGUAUGUACAUAUAUUUUAUGGCCAAAAGGGAGUGCGAAAACCAUUUCACUUUUUUAACCAGCUAGAUAUCGGUAAUUAUUGUCAACCUUCAGAUUACAGUUAUUUUUCUGUGUAUUUGUAAAUAUGUUUUUCUGUAAAUACUUACAAAUGUUUGUGCUUCAUCCCUGCCCCCCUGUUGUACAUUGAAAAACAUGCUCCAAAAAGGCCUCCUGUAUAUUUAUUUGAAAACACAGACUAUAUAAAAAUAUGUCCAAAUUGGCUAAUGGCAUUUCCAUCACCUUCUAAUUGGAAUUAAGAUCAGUCAUUAAGAUGAGUCAUGACAAUGUUAAAAACAUUUUAAUCACUGUUGUUUUUGUGAAAUCACUUUUAUAUAAACUGACUGUCAUAACAUCAUUUGUGAAAUACCUCCAUGUUGUAUUUUCAAAUGACUGAAAAAACAAAUCUGUACAGUUUACCCUCAGUUGUUUACACAGCAAACUAUCCAAGCAAAUUUUGUCUGAUUAAAAUGAUACAUUUCAGUGAAGGCAUUCUUUUCUACAGUGCUCUCGUCUGUCUGUAAAUCAUACCAGGAGUUGAUAUUUAUGUCACAUAUUGGUCAGACUAACAUUGUAAAUACAGAAAUUCCAGGUGUGUUUGUGAAAUCCGAAACUGUGUGAUGUAAAACUAUAAAAAUGUGUUAAAAAAUCUGUCUGACUCUGUUUCCAUUCAAUUCCAAAUAGGUAGUCUUGUUUUUUUUUUAUUGAAAAUCUCUUCUAUAAACCCAUAACAGUCAAAAUGAUGGUUUAACACAACUUAAUGUAUUCCAACAAUCAUUUGCUAAAAUCAUUAAAAUAAUCAAAUAUAGUUGUCAGGGCAUGCAUUUGAGAAUUGGCUGUACUGAUCAAACGUUGUGGGUUGUGUCGUCUUUAUAGUGAUCUUUGACAUGUGCUGGUGAAUAGAUGUAGUUGAAUGUUGGUGAAUGCUUGGAUAUGGUCAGGGUAAACAUUGUGAAGAAGUCCAUUGAAUAAAAAAUGAAGAGACCUA